UGCUAAAGCCAAUUGUGGCCUAAGCCUUUUUCCAUUUACACAAUUGCCUACUAGGCUAUAGGUGAAAGACAAUAAAAACAGUCAUGUAGGUAAAAUAUUAAAGCAAUUUAAGAAAAUUGCCAUUUCAUUGCUGUUGCCCAUCAGUGAACAUUUUGCAGAAUUGAAUGUAAAUAAUCCAGACAUUUUCUGAAUAGUGGAUCUAUGGCUCUUCCAUGGUCUCUCAUUCAUCAUACUGUUACUGUAAGCAUGCAUUGGACAGGUAAUUUCAUUAGUCUCUCCUACAGGGUGCAAAAGGUUUUGUGGUAGAAACAGGAGAUGAGUGUUUUGCGGUGGACUCUUUUCAUAUUUGAUAGGCCUACUGUAUUUUCAAUUAAGAACACAGUGCUUCAAACUACAGGAGAUGGAAAUAUUAGAACAUAUAAUCCCUUGAUUUCCGGCCAGAGACAAUGAGUGCGAAUUUCUAGACAUCAAUUGGUGGACCAACUGUGAGGAGGCUAAAAGAACUACUGGGCAAAUGGCCGGACCAUGUGACAUGUCCGGAGAAGAGAUAGCCUACAGUCUUGAGAGAGACAGAGCUCCUUCCUCCGCCCAAACAUGCCUUGCAGUCUACUCAAUUUUUGCGAAUAUGAGACACAUAAACUCGUCAAAAUAAAAAGUGUUAAACUCGGUUCGAUGAAAUGGAUGUCUAACGGAAUUAUUUUGAUGUUUAUUUGCAUCAUGCUGUUUUGGAAUAAGGAAUAUCAGGCGUAUGACUUGGUCAUCAGCUCAGUCACCACAAAGGUCAAAGGGGUGGGGUUGACCAACAUGCCUGAGGUUGGUGACGUGGUGUGGGACGUAGUGGACCAUAGUGGCCUUUCCCAGGGGAAGAACUCUUUCUUUGUGGUCACCAAUUUCAUUGGCACAAAGCAACAGAAGCAAGGCAAAUGCCCAGAGACGCCUCAGACUGGGAGGCCAUGCCGCUCAGAUAAAGACUGCGAGAAGGGCUACUGGGACCAGCACAGCCACGGUGUUCAGACAGGUGUAUGUGUAAAAUUUGAUGUCACCAGGAAGACCUGUGAGGUGGCAGCGUGGUGCCCCAUUGAGAAGAGGACUCCACCACCAAGGCCUGCUCUACUGGCAUCAGCAGAAAACUUCACAGUUCUAAUCAAGAACAACAUCCGAUUUCCAGCCUUUAACUACAUAAGAAGGAAUAUCCUACCGGAAAUGACCGAUACUUACCUGAAGAAGUGCAUCUUUAACCGACGAAGCCAUCCCUACUGCCCCAUAUUCCGCUUGGGGGACAUAGUGACUGAAGCAAAAGAGAAAUUCACUGAGAUUGCAGUCGAGGGUGGUGUGAUUGGGGUUCAGAUCAACUGGGACUGCGACCUGAACCGAUUCUCCCACCGGUGUUUGCCCGGCUACUCCUUCCGACGACUGGACGAGAAGGAGAGCAAUCGAACCCUGUACCCAGGCCUGAACUUUAGGUUUGCAAGGUACUACACAGAGAAUGGCACUGAGUACCGGACUUUGUAUAAAGCCUUUGGGAUCCGGUUUGAUGUCAUGGUGUUUGGCAAGGCUGGGAAGUUCAGUAUAAUACAGCUUAUCAUCUAUAUUGGAUCAACUCUAUCAUACUAUGCAUUGACAACUGUAUUCCUAGACUGGCUCAUCGGGUCCAGAUGCUACUCCAGAGAGGCCAGAAAGUACUCAGAGAGGAAGUUUGAGUCAGUUCAGGAUCAACAGGAGUGUUUGCUCUGCAUCUCGUUUGUGGAUGAGGACAAAGUACGGUUGGUGAAGAGGUCCAAAAAGAAGAGUUUGCAGGCAGUAAAACCCAUCUCAUUUCACCCGCGGAAGGAUGACUCCACAUGCUUCAGGGCCUUGGUCAGUGCGCUGCAGCCUGCAGCUAGACCAGACCUGGCUGCCCAGAACGGGCCGGCAGAGCCCAAAGCCGAGGAUGAGGGGGACAGGGGGCAGAGCGUAGGCACUCCACUGGUGGAGCUACCCCAGGGCAGCUGCCCCCCGUGGUGCCAGUGUGGCUGCUGCCCCCCGUCGUGCCAGCUGGAGGAGCAGCUGUGCUGCAGACGGGAGCCGGGGCGCUGCCUCACCUCCUCCCCCCUCUUCCCCGCCCUGGUGCUGAGGCGCUCCACCCUGGAGACCCUGCUGCUCUACCAGAGCCCCCUGGCGGAGCUGCACGAGGAGGCCCACCUGCGCCGCGGGGCCUGUGCCCAGUUCAUCAGCUGGCGCUUUGGAGGAGCUCUGCCCCAGGACGCCAUGCCAGUCAUGCCUCGCUGCUGUGUGGCUAGGGUCAGAGCAGAGUUCCCCAGCCCGGACGGCCGCUACGAGGGCCUCACACUCAGCCGUCCCAUUUAAACCAGCAGAUGGUUAGCACUAGAAGGGCACAAGAUGGUGCUCAGGUUGCACUAACCUCACUUGCCUUGAUAAAGUUAAAGCAGACAUAGAAUGGAAAAACGUUUUUACCUUGCCUUUGUUGAAUAAGGAAACACAGUUGUUUCCUCCUUCAUAUGCGAAUCUCAGACUUUGAAAUGACCCAAAAAAACUAAUCUGAAUUAAUCAAUCUGAACAAAGACAAAGUGUGAUGCCGAGCAGAAACUGUGUUCACUGUGAGUGUGUGUGUGUGUGUGUGUGCUUGCGUGCAUGCUUGCAUGUGUGUGUGCGUGCGUGAGUGCCCCAGAGUUUUCCUGUUGAACUUUUAAGGCCAAAGUAUACUUCUGCAGAGUCUGUGCAUGGUGUACUAUAGGUAUGAGGUAUUUUCAUCCACAUUAAAAAAACGAUUAUUUUAGCAGACACUUUGAUACAAAGGGACAAAUUUGAAUGUGAGUAAAUUGUUCUCUGGGAUUAGACCUACAGGAGUCUGACUGAUAAAAUGUUCUUUUAGUCUUUUAGAGAAGUUCCAAUUCAUGCUUCAGCAAACUAUAGCUUAUUUGAUUACCAGCAAUGACAUAUUAGACUAGGUAGCAACUGCUAUUUGUUUUUAAACAAUAUAUUUAUUAGUUUUCACAUUCACAACAAAUAAAAGAUGGAUCCAUUGUGAAAUCCACUGAAGAAAUCAAAUCAACAAAAAACACACUUCAAUCAAAUACACCAAAAACACAACACAUUGGCUCAGUUACUACAUACAGCAGCAAAAGUUAUAAAAGUAAUGUGCAAGCUCUCAGCUCUCCCUUCUCAGGACCUUUCAGAGAAUCUCAGUAACAUAAUGGCAGAGAUAGCAGGCUCCAAAUAGGAAUCAUAAACUUGACUUAGCACUCUGUGCCAGCCAUAACAUUUGCCACUCUGUGCCAGCCUUAACACUUGGUUAGUAACUGCUAUUUUGAUAGAGAAGUGAACCGGCUAUGAAAACGCAGCGAUUACUGUAGGCUUUGCAUGCUGCUAAUAUUGUUCCAUAGACAGCUGGCGUACAACAAGGCGGCCUCUGCAGAAGUACACGUCAGCCUUUACUGGAGGUGAAACUGCAGUGGAUGCACACUCAUCCACUGACUUGCAUUGUAUUUAAUAGAGUGCCUGUGGCUGUGGUGAGCAACUCUGUGUGCUUGGUUUUCCCUUUCCUGUGCAUUGUGUGCAAUUAAUUAUAUUAAUUGUUUAUUCUCUUAAUGACACAAUAGUAUUUUUUGACAAUAGCUUACUUACCUUGUGAACGCCAUUCGCCAUGCUGCCUUAUAUGUGUUAGAUCACUGGAUCAGUCCAUUCAUUGAAUUCCCAUGUUGACUCAGUGAAACAGUCCUUUUUCAUCUUUUGUAUUAUGUUGUAUAUUUGGAAUACUUAUGUUUUGUAAUGUUUGUUUCUAAUUUUAUUCUAUUUUCAUUAAAACCUGAAGCUUGGAGGCUAAAA